CACCGCAACACAACUUCAGGCCAUCGGUAUUAGCAGCCGAUUUUGAUUAAUCAAAAGUUUGCAGACACCCAUGUUUCCCCGUGCUAAUCUAUCGCCUCCUUGACUAACCAUAUUGCACAUCAGCUGCAAUAUAGUGUAUGCCGACUUGGAGUAACACCCAGUCAACUUUCUCAGACAAGAUGGAUUUUCAUGCAGCAAUGGAAACGUUUGCAGAGGCAUGGGUAGCUGCCAAUACCCCAACUGCUGUUAACUCUACUGAGUCCCAACCACAGGUUGGUAAACAAAACACUGACGACUUGCCAACACUCUUAACCAAAGACCAACUGGCAUCAAAACAGUCUCCACCUCCCCCUUCCUCCUGUCCCAGUAGUCCUGCCUCGCCAGUCCAACGUUCUCCACCUAGCCACUCAACAGGUCACAUCCAUACACCUGUGAGAGGUCACACACCAACGAGACACACCCAUCCACCAACGGGUCACUCUCAACAGACAGUAGGCCAAACUCAUUCGACACCAGGCCACACCCAUCCAACAAAAAGUCACACCCAUCCAACAGUAGACCACACCCAUCCAACAACAGGUUACACCACUCCGACAACGUGUCCGUCAUAUUCGACGACAGGCCAUCACCACCAGAAAACCGAUGUUGUACCUAUAACAAACAACACCCCACAGACGCCUAAUCCGAUACCUCCAGCCAAUCAAACUCCAGCAGGUACAAAGUCAUUACCCGUGCAUUGUAUCAUUGAGCAGACAACAGGUAUGGUGAACUUUGAUACCCCAGAGUGUGGCUCCAACAUUUCCGUGGAGCUCGAUUCAUAUGCAAUUCUUCCAAGUACCACACUUUUUGGUGAAGUUGUGCGGACCGCGCUCAUCAAACUCGGAUACAAUGCCACGGAGGCUAUAAGUGCCAAAGGUGCAGUACAAAUCAAGAACUGGCGACCUUUGACCUUUGAAGUUAUCACUGAUGACGAUAAGGCUACUCUCGAGGAUAUCUGGGGAGAACUUACACAGGUGGCGACACUACGGAUACGUUUAAGCAGCCAAUCAAAGUUGAGCUCUACUGAUGAAGUGAAGAGUAAAUUACUACAACUUCUCCUCACCCAAUCACAUGGGCUCCUUCUCACAUCUGGGUGUCCAAUAGAAAAGUCUCUUCUCUCCUCCAUUACGAAGGGCGACACCCUCUCAAGUCUUCCUCAUGAUGUACGCUGUGCAUUUGAUAAAUGGUAUGAUGAACAAGUAGAGAAAGCCAAAAAGUCUCAGGAACACAAUGGGGCACCUGAAGAUCUACGCACUCCUGAAAAGACUAUCAACGGUACUAUCAAUGGCACGAUAGGGUCACAUGAGAAUCACUUCAGUAACAGUCCAGCCAAUCACAGUCCUCCACUCACCUCACUUUCGGGUCUCAAUCACGGCAAGACAAGAAUGCGCACGUCUUUCGAUCCUGAGCAUGAAAUUCCUCGACUUCAGAAAUGGUUUGCUGAGUGCCAGCAUCCUACAAGAGAGCAAAUGAUUCGCUUUCUCGAAGAGUUGAAUAAUCUUGAAUCUCGCAAAGGAAGGCGACCAUUAGAUCUUACGAAUAUAAUCUACUGGUUCAAAAAUGCUCGAGCAGCUCAUCGUCGAGCUUCUAGAAACUUUGAUGAUAACUCUUUUGAAAUGGAGGAGGGAUUAGAGAGUAGUCCAGUUGGAGUUGAUCGUAAUGUUCCCUAUUUGCCCAAUAAAAAUGCUGUUUAUAUUGUCCCUUAUCCUUACCAUGGUCCCUUCAUGUCACAUGACUCAUCACAUGAUCAGUCCAAAGAGCCAUGUGACCUAUCCCAAUCACGACGGCCAGUCUCUAGCCCUGAUAUAAAGAAGGAGAAGGAUUUGUGUGACAGUAAGUCAGAUAGUGCCGAUGAGGAGAUGGAAGUCAUAGACACUAUGGAAACCCAUCAGGAAAAAUCUCCUGUCAGUAUAAAGGAGGAGAAACAAGAUUUGGCAGAUGUUGAAUGUGUGACAGAUCUCAUAAAAGGGGUCAAGGACGAUGUUGAUCGAAUAAGCACGGGUGAGCGUGAGGCACCGCAAUCGAAUGGUAUGCACAUGUCUGACUCGGAAGACGAUGAUGAUAUGGAGUCGGAUUAUGAGGAACAAUCAAACGAGGAUUCAGAAUCUAGUCAUAAACUUUCAUCUUUAUCCUACAAAAAGGAUUUUUCAGAGGCAGACUACCUCAGUAACCAUAUAUCUAGGAUGCCAACGACACCAACCAGUGGUCUACAUCAGCCACUACACAUCCCUCAUUUCCCGCACCCUCUGGCCAUGCACUAUUUUCCGAUGAAUACUCAUUUCAUGGCGCAGCAGUCAGCUGCCGCUCGACUCCAUCAACAUCAGCAACAACAAACACCGCAGCAUCCUCAUCACAAAACAAGCCCUGGAAGCGCACACCGUAAACGACGUACACGCGUCUUCAUUGAUCCGAUGACGGAGAUCCCCAAACUCGAGAAAUGGUUCACAGAGGAUACUCAUCCUUCUUCUUAUAUGAUUGAUAAAUACUGUGAGGAUCUCAAUCGGUCAGAAUAUCGGCAAAAGUUUCCAAAACUCGAGCCAAAAAAUGUACAGUUGUGGUUUAAAAACCACCGAGCUAAAGUCAAACGCAUGAGAGUUUCCUCUCAUUUAGAAUGA